UAACGGCGCUGGCAAUCGGACGCGUUUUCAAAACUUGCUCUCUCUCCGACUUCAUUCUGGUUUUUUUUUUCAAAUUCUUGGCUCUUGGCCUGGGAAAGUGUAAAUAGGAAGGUGCGGAAAACGAAGAGGAGAACUGCAGGAACAGUAGGAGUUGCUGUCGGGCCGAGAACAGGAAAUCCAGAGGCGAGAAACCAGUUUUGACCAUUCGCAGACUCACCGCCGACCGACCAUGAUCUUGCGAACGCCACUCGCCGCCGGCCACCAGCUGCUCCUCCUCCUCCGCCUGCCCGCCGUCCUGCUCCUCCUCUGCCUGCUACUCGUCCUACGGCCCUGUUCCUGCGAUGCCAAGACGGUCAAUCCCGGCGACCAGAUGCAGCACCACCAGGUGGCGGCGGAGCCGGGACUGCCGGAGCCCAGGGCCUACAUGCCGGAUGCCCAGCACCUGGACUUUGUCUACCACGACCACGAGGAGCUGACCAGGUUUCUCCGGGCCACCAGCGCCCGGUACCCCAACCUGACGGCCCUGUACUCCAUCGGCAAGUCCAUCCAGGGGCGGGAUCUCUGGGUGAUGGUGGUCAGCUCUUCGCCGUACGAGCACAUGGUGGGCAAGCCCGAUGUGAAGUAUGUGGGCAACAUCCACGGCAACGAGCCCGUCGGCCGGGAGAUGCUGCUCCACCUCAUCCAGUACUUCGUGACCAGCUACAACUCGGAUCAGUACGUCAAGUGGCUGCUGGACAACACUAGGAUCCACAUCCUGCCCACGAUGAACCCGGACGGCUAUGCCGUUUCCAAGGAGGGCACCUGCGAUGGCGGUCAAGGAAGAUACAAUGCCCGUGGCUUCGAUCUGAACCGCAACUUCCCCGACUACUUCAAGCAGAACAACAAGCGGGGUCAGCCCGAAACGGAUUCGGUGAAGGACUGGAUAUCCAAGAUCCAGUUCGUGCUGAGUGGAAGCCUCCACGGCGGUGCCCUGGUGGCCAGCUAUCCCUACGAUAAUACGCCCAACUCCAGGAUCUGCCGAUCGUCCGCCCUGUGCGCGAUGUUCCAGACCUACUCGGCGGCGCCGUCCCUGACGCCCGACGACGAUGUGUUCAAGCACCUGUCCCUGGUCUACGCCCGCAACCACGCCAAGAUGUCCAGGGGCGUGGCUUGCAAGUCGGCGACGCCGGCCUUCGAGAACGGGAUCACGAACGGGGCCGCCUGGUAUCCGCUGACCGGCGGCAUGCAGGACUACAACUACGUGUGGUACGGCUGCAUGGAGAUCACGCUGGAGAUAUCCUGCUGCAAGUUCCCGCCCGCCUACGAGCUCAAGAAGUACUGGGAGGACAACCAGCUGUCCCUGAUCAAAUUCCUGGCCGAGGCGCAUCGAGGAGUCCAGGGAUUCGUUUUCGACCCGGCGGGCAUGCCCAUUGAGCGGGCCUCCAUCAAGAUCAAGGGACGCGACGUGGGCUUCCAGACCACCAAGUACGGGGAGUUCUGGCGCAUUCUGCUGCCGGGAUACUACAAAGUGGAGGUCUUUGCGGAAGGCUUUGCCCCUCGAGAGGUGGAGUUCGUGAUCGUGGAGCAGCAUCCCACGCUACUCAAUGUGACGCUGCAGCCCUCAAAGUACCUGGUGGCAGCUUCUGGGUCAUCCACCUCCACCCAAACGUCAACUGCGAAGCGUCGCGUCAAUGGAAAGCUGUCUACGGAAUAAUACGAUCCGAUUUCUUGGAGCCCAAGCUAUCGAGUGUAAAUAAUAGCUGAAGUGCUUUAGUCCUAGCCCUUGCCACCCAACUAACCCACUAAAACACCUCUAAACACCUCACUCUGAACUCCCUUGCCUUGCUUUGAUAUUGAUUUCAGAGAUAUAAUAUCUUAUAAUAUAUUUAUAGAGGUAUAAUAUCUCGAUGCUACAAUUUUGGUAUAUUUUCUGUUAAAUUAAAAAUGUAUUAUAUUGCACAUUAUGUAUAUUAUAUUAUUUCAGAAAUAAUUUAAAACAUUUUCAAAACCAAAAGAUGCACAGAAUCUGUACAAUCUAUUAUCUAUUACUAUCUGUAAUAUUAUUAUUUACCUUCAAUUAGUGGUUCCCUUUUGAAAGUGCUUUGACAGGACUUAGAAUAACACCCAUUACUUUUAAGACCCUGGCUGGUACAAGGUUAAAAUGUAAAAUAGGGGUUGAUUGGUAAUGAUAUUGUAGAGUGGAAUAGCCUAAGUAAUAUCUUGAGUACACAUUACAUCUUUCUGAAAUUGAUUUCGCAGCGCAUUGAGGGCAUUGGCGCCAUGGGGCCCGGCGGAGUGCCGGUCGGGGGCGUGG